AUGCAGGAAACCGAGAAAGAGAUUAGUCAUGGAACAAUAUCAAGAAAAACACAAGCUGUAUCGUUUGAUUUCACUGAAGAUGAUGAUAUGGAUAUCGAUAUAAAAUCAUCGACUGAUUCUGAGGAAACGUUAGAAGACUUCACUUCGAAUGGUAGAAACAACAAACAAAAAGGACACAUUGCCGAUGCAUCUGCAUUCAAAACUAAAAGAAAAGUUGUUCCAAUGGCGGUUUAUGGUUAUGCAAGCACGAUUCAUCAAAACCGACUCGAUGAGGAUGUCUCUGCUAUAUUGGGUUCGAGCGAUCCACCAGCAGGAUUCGGAAAUCUACAUCCUCCUGUUCACUAUCUCAGACAACAACGCCCUUUUCCACUCGAUCCACUGCCAGUUUGGCGUGGUUACAAUGGAAAUAUUUAUUUCUCUCCUAUCCAAGUACAAUCCUUGCAUAAUGAUCAAUCACUCUCACCUGUAAAAUCGCAGUUUGGGAAAAAAAUAGACAAUAAACAACCAGAUUGCACCCAUUUACCCACAUAUAAAAAUAGAAAAGUGGUAGAAGAAAACACAAACAUUACCACAAAUCACGAAGCUGUGCAGCAACUAUUUAAUCAUACAACACAAGACGACGAUGCGGAAGAUCAGGAGCCAACGAAGCAGCCAUGGCUCUCGAUCCUUACUACUUCUCUUACACGAUCAAAACCUGUAUGGAGACCAGGUCAAUUGCCAAAAGAUGAUCCAAGUGAAGAGAAAUCGUCAAAAGACAAACGACAGAUAUUACCAAAUAUACGACCAAUACCCAAACCGAAACUCAUCCGUAGAGGUUUAGCUUAUAAAGAAAGUAAACAACGAGCCAGUUUUACGAAUCAAAUCAAAUCUGAUACUUGCCAACAAGCAUUCAAUCUAAAUGAAUCCCAUAGCCAAAAAUCAAGCCAUCCGACACAAGCCAGACACAAUCAUCAUCAGCCGUCGUUCACUAGACGAACGAGUAACUCCACGAAAGAUCAAGCAUCAGUCGAUUUACGCGAAAUCAGAAAACGGAUCAUUAAAGGCCCCACCACUGCGACUUCUUUUCAUACUCCGGCGCAACACAUGCCACGGUUGCCAAGUCCGAUUGAGCAUAAACCUCUAUUAAAUCCUAGCAUGUAUCUGCCUGAUCAAGUUUUCAAUUCGUCAAAUUUGACGGCGGCCGCAUCAUCUGUAACGCCUCAACAUCAGUUCAAACACAACGCAGCAUACACGACACCAAAUCUCUCACAAUAUUUUGAAGUUUACCUAACAAAUAACAAUGUAAAUAUCGCAUGA